CUGCAACUCGCUCUGCUUGCACAAAUGGCGCCUCACUUCACCUCCUUCCCUUCACUGAGUUUAACCUUCCACUGUGCUUUAGAUCUGAGAAGAGUCCCAUGGAUUUCUUUGGAUCUGAGCUACUCUCAGAUAAAGCUCAAAUCUCAGACUUUAAGAACGCCUCAAGCCACCGCAGCUCUUCAACUUCAUGUUACAAACGGGAUUCCGUAUCUCUUUCCGGUUGCUGCUUAAUCCCUAACUUUUCGAUCUUCACAGCCCCCUCUCCUCCAUCUUGCGCCACCACCCUUCAUCCCGCCGACGAGGUGUGCCCUAAUUUCGCCGCACGCACACUGCGCAAGCUCAGAUCUGUUGAACGUGAUGCUGACAUCAGCCCUUCCACUUCCUCUAUAUGGGCCAGGCCCAAGUCAUUUUCAAAAGUUAAUAGUUUUUCAAUGAGUCUCGAUGGAUUCACCGAACCUUUGAUCCAAACUAUUGUGAACGCAACGUUAUAUCCUUCAAUUCAGAAGCGAUCUUUAUUUUUGUGGGUGCCAGUGGAUUCACCAGUACCACCAUCUAAGACCUUCUCCAUGAGAAGAGUCGUCCCUCCUGCUACAAAGCAGAUGAAGUUGUCAAAAUCUCUAACCGUUUUGUUAUCUUGUGGAGCGGUCUGUACGGGGCCUGAAGAUGCAACGGAUUUCGUUUCGACGAUAUUCCGAGGUGUGAUUGUCUAUCAACGUCACGAUUCAAAGUGACUAAGUUUCAACUUU